AUGGAGUUAUCCGACGAGCGAAUCGAAUCUGAACAACGCGUCCCAUCAAUUCAACUUUUGCGUACCUUUGAAUAUUCUUUUGGGUUUCUGCGAGGACUACAGACGCGUAGUGAUAAACGCGCGACACUUAUCCUGAUACGCUCUCGUAGCGACCACAACUGCGUCGUAGAUCCGAAGAAGACCGUGCCGAGAGAUCCGGCCAAGGAUCCUAAAAUUACGUUGCUGAAAGUGCAAUGGCGUAUGCCUCACGUGGCGCUGAACGACGUGACUAAAUUAUUGCUGUUGCGAACGUUGGAGAGCGGACGAUUUCUGAGCGCGGGCUUUCGCUCUUGGGAUCUGUACGAAUUUCCUCUGCUGCAGAGCACGACCAAGCAUUCGUGGGCCGUGAAAGCCGCGCCGCAAUUAGAGAAGCCGCGAUACGUCAUAUUCCUGCUGCAGACCGGACGACGAAACGAAUUCGCGGGCGACGCCUCGAGGUUCGAUCAUUGCGCGCUCGCCAACGUGAAAUUGUAUCUUAACUCGGAAUUCUAUCCCUACGACGACGUGAAUGUGGAUUUCGAGAGCGACAAGUUCGCCGUGCUGUACGAAAUGUACGCGAAAUUUCGAGGAGCGUAUUACGAGAACGGUCGCAACGACGCGCUCACAUUUCCGCGCGAAUUUGCGCGGGUAGCUCCGCUCGCGGUGAUCGAUUGUUUCCGUCAAAACGAAUUGGUGAAGAGCGCCACCGUGGACGUGCGCAUCGAGUUCAAAAACAAGGAAAACGUUCCGCCGAAAACCACAGCUUUUUGUCUCAUCGUUCAUGAUCGAGUCAUCGAGUACAGUCCGCUGACCAACGUGGUGCGCAAAAUUAUCUAA